GGGGGCAGGAGUGAAGUCGAGACAAGGGGCAGGGACGGGCAGGGACGUGGGCGGUGACAGGUCAGAGACGGGGGCAGGAGUGAAGUAGAGACGGGGGCAGGGACGUGGGCGGUGCCAGGGCAGAGACGGGGACAGGACUGAAGUAGAGACGAGGGGCAGGGACGGGCAGAGACGUCGACAGGGACGAGGUAGAGCUUUGGGCAGGGACAGGGUAGAGAGAGGGCCUGGCCCAAACUAAGCGGCAGGGAUCGGGAGCCGCAUUAGGGACUUGGACAGGAGGAGAGGCAGAGGUCGGGUCCCGGGGGCGACGCCCCGGUGCCCUCCGCCUGUGCCCCCAGAGGAGCGGGGCGCAGGGCCGGCUGGCCGGAGCGGCUCAUGGCUCCCCGGGGCCGGUGAGGGGGAGGGGGAGGGGGGGGGCCAUGGCCCUGGAGCGGGUCUUGCUGGCCGCCCGGCAGGGAAACGUGGACUCUCUGAAGGCGCUGCAGGAGGCCGGCCAGCUGCGGCCGGAGCUGCGGGACCCGCUGGACGCGCUGGCCGUGCACCACGCCGCCCGCGCCGGAAAGCUCGACUGCCUGCGCUUCCUGGUGGAGGAGGCCUCGCUGCCCGCCACCGCCCGGGCCCGCAACGGGGCCAGCCCGGCCCACGACGCCGCCGCCACCGGACAUCUGGCCUGUCUGCAGUGGCUGCUCACCCAGGGCGGCUGCGGGGCGCAGGACAAGGACAAUUCUGGUGCCACGGUUUUGCAUCUGGCCGCCCGGUUUGGCCACCAUGAGAUAGUGGACUGGUUGCUGCGCUUUGGGGAGAGCGACCCCACCCUGGCCACGGACACCGGGGCCCUGCCAAUCCACUACGCCGCAGCCAAAGGAGACCUCCCUUCCCUGCGACUCCUCGCAGGGCACUGCCCAAAUGGAGUGAGUGCCCAGACCAAGAAUGGUGCCACACCCCUCUACCUUGCCUGCCAGGAGGGCCACCUGGAGGUGACACAGUACCUGGUGCAGGAGUGCGGGGCAGACCCUCACGUGCGCUCCAACGAUGGCAUGACCCCGCUUCAUGCUGCUGCCCAGAUGGGUCACAACACCAUCAUCGUCUGGCUGGUGAGCUGCACGGACGUCAGUCUCUCGGAGCAGGAUGACGAUGGGGCGACGGCCAUGCACUUCGCUGCCAGCCGGGGCCAUGCCAAGGUGCUGAGCUGGCUGCUUCUGCACGGCGGUGAGAUCACCACCGACCUGUGGGGCGGGACCCCCCUGCACGAUGCAGCUGAGAAUGGAGAGCUGGAGUGCUGCCAGGUGCUGGUGGUGAACGGCGUGCAGCUGGACAUCCGGGACCGGGAUGGCUACACAGCCGCUGACCUCUCCGACCUCAACGGGCACGGCCACUGCACCCGAUACCUGCGCUCCGUCGCCAACAUGAGCGUGGAGCACCGCGUCCUGUCGCCAGACCCAGCCGCCGAGCUGGAGGCCAAGCAGCCCGACUCGGGCAUGUCCUCGCCCAACACCACCAUGUCAGCCCAGCCCCUGCCCUUCCGCCCCGGCUCACCCACCAGCACCCUCUCCAACUACGACUCCUGCCCUUCCAGCCAGUCCAGCACCGGGGAGAAGCGGGGCAGCCAGCCCAGGGGCCGGGCCCCAAGGCUCCAGAACCCCACCAGCACCGACAUGCAGAACUACAUGGACAUGCUCAACCCAGAGAUCAACCCGCAUGAGACCAAGAAGGGGAGCCUAGCUGCACCCCCUCCCCCGCCCAGCUUCCCCCCCCCACCUCCUCCACCCCCCAAUGCCGAACUGCCCCCUCCCCCUCCCGGUUACCCAGCUCCCCGGCCCCCCAACGGACAGCCCACGGCGGACAUCUACGUGCAGGCGAAGAACAGUCUGCGUCACGUCGAGAGCCAAGUCCUGAAGAGGGAGCUGAGCUCCCGCGACGCCGGCCAGGACGGGCUGCGCAGGGUGGACUCGGGGCGGAAAUCUCGCACCUUUGGGAAACAGCCCAGCACCGGGGACUAUUACCGCCAGCUGGGCCUCGCUCCCGGGGAGCCGCUGGUAGCCCGCCUAGGGAUGGCGCACAGCGAGGAGGCGGCCCUGCUCUCCGGAAACCCCGGGCACAACGGCAGCGUGGCGGAGGGCAAGCCGGAACGGGAGCUGCCGCCGCCGCCGCCGCCGCCGCCGCCGCCGCUGCCCGAGGCCCCGUGCGCCCCGCCCCCGCCCCCUCCCCCGCCCCCAGCCCCGGCCCCGACCCCGACCCCGAUCCCCGCCCUGCCCGCCGACGGGACCGGCCCCGCCUGCAGCCAGCGCCGCUCCUCCUCCUCCACCGGCAGUACCAAGUCCUUCAACAUGAUGUCCCCGACGGGCGACAACUCGGAGCUGCUGGCUGAAAUCAAGGCGGGCAAGAGUCUGAAGCCCACGCCGCAAAGCAAGGGGCUGACCACCGUGUUCUCGGGCAGCGGUCAGCCCUCCUCCCUGGUGGACUCUCCGGCCUCGCCCCCGCCCCCGUCCCCGGCGAGGAGUCCCCCCGCCCCGGCCGGCCCCGGCCCCGGCGCGGCCAGCGCCCCCGAGCCGGUCCUCAACGGCGGCGCCCCGCUUCUGGCCCCGGCGCCGAGCGCGCAGCUGGACAUCGAGGCGCUGAUCCCCACGUACGACGAGCAGGGUCGUCCCAUCCCCGAGUGGAAGCGGCAGGUCAUGGUGCGGAAGCUGCAGCUGAAGAUGCAGGAGGAGGAGGAGCAGCGGCGCAAGGAGCAGGAGGAGGAGGCGCGCCUGGCCAGCAUGCCGGCCUGGAGAAGAGACAUCCUGCGGAAGAAACUGGAGGAGGAGAGGGAGCAGAAACGAAAAGAGGAGGAAACUCUGAGGAAAGAAGAGGAGCGGAAGGAGAAGGAGCAGUCAGAAAAACUCAGGACUCUUGGGUAUGACGAGACCAAACUAGCGCCCUGGCAGAGACAGAUAAUCCUGAAGAAAGGAGACAUAGCGAAGCAUUAGGAGCCGGACAGACUGCACCUCUCUCUCCCACGCUCCCCAUUUCUGAAUCUCCCAUCCCUCCCUGAGCUCCUCAUCUUCGCCACCUGCUCAUUCGGAGGCGGCUGGAACGGGUGGGGACGCUGGAGUCUGCGACGCCCCCGCGCCCUCCCCAUCCUAACCUCCACCCCAUUAACGCGCUAACAGUGACCGUUCCUCGCUAAAGCGCUUUUGUCCGCUUUUCUCCGCUGACUUCCUUCCCAGAACGCUUAGUUGUAACACCAACGCGCUGCCGCCCAACAGAAGAGCCGGAGCCUUUGAUUCCGAACUAAGUGACGCUGGUUCGCAUGGUAGUUUGCAUACAGUUUGGAAGUUCCUUUUCUGUCGCAGCGUGUACACCCAGCCUCUUCUUCCCGCCCCUCCCCAGCCCCGUCCUUUUUCGUUUUUCCUCAAUGGCACUGAAAAAUUGCUGGGUGAACUCAGCCUUGGGCUAUCCGGACGCUUCGAAGGGGUUUUUCUCAAGCGGAAUCUGACCUAAAUCCACCUCUCCCCUCCCCCGCAAUAUACCGUCAUCUCCGCUCCCGCUCCCCGUCAGGUGCCUCGCCCACCCCCUCCCUGCAACUCCCCGUUCAUUUCCCCAGCUUCGAUCGCUAUCUCUCUCUCUCUUUCGCGCUUGCGCUUGCGCUUCCUCAGUCAUUUGUUUACCAGAAGCUGAAGAUUUACCACUCUUCUCCUCCACCGCUCUUCCUCCUCCUCUCCCUCCCCUUCCUCUCCCUUUUCCUUCUUCCCCCUCCUCUCCCUCUCCGUCCUCUCCCUUCUCCUUCUUCCCCCUCCUCCUCUUUCCCCUGUUCCUCCUUUCCCUGCUCUGCCUUCUCCUCCCUCUCCCUCUUCCCCCUUCUUUCCCCUUCUCCUCUCCUUCUCCUCCUCUUCCUCUCCCCUGCCCUCCCAACCUUUAGCGGCGGCAGAGAUUUUCCUGGUGUGACGGCCCGACAGUAGCGUGGGCCCCGGGAGGCGGGCCUGAUCCUUUCCUUUCCUGCCACCGGGCCAGCACCUAGCUCCUCCAACCCCUUCGCCUCUACGUUUCUAUUUGGCAAGUGGAGUUUUGAAAAUAUAAAAAUCGCCUCCCCUUCACCCUCCCCGCCCCAGCGAAGAUUCAUCAGCUGCCACAUUCCUCCUUCCCCCACUUCUUUGCCGUUGGAGCAUCUGGGGAGAGAGAACCCAGAUUGAGGGGGGUUUUCUAGACGUUUUCGGCAUGUUUGUCCCGGAGCCCACUGCAGGGUGCCGUCUCCUGCUCUCUGCCCCUCAGCUUCAUCCCUUGCCUCAUUAAAGGAAUUAACCCUCCGCCUCGGGUCUGGGGA